UCUCGUGGUGAUAAGCAUCAAAAGAAGAAAAUUAUUUUUAUUAUGAGUGUUUAUCCUGACAUCAAUUAUGUUAGCUUGAAGUUAGGCCUUUAAAGCAUACUGGCUGUCUAAAGUCAUUGCAUUUAGAACGACUUUUAGUCAGAGACAGCAAGAUGCAAAUAAGCAUAUAAACAAUUCACUGUCUAUUCAUCAUAGAAGAACUAUUAAGCAAUGGAAUAUGAUGAUUCGUUUGACGAUUAUUACGAUGAUUCCAUGUAUGAUGAUGAGGAUCUGGAGAAGAUGCUGGCGGAGUACAGCGACUUUGAUUACGGCAGUGAGAUGGAGUAUGGCCGGAUCUCUCUGUGGGAGCUGGGAGAGAACUGUCUCUACCCCACACUGCAGCAAACCGUCCACAUGCUGGCCCCACUCUAUCUACUGUGUAUCACCACCAGGAUAGUUUGUGCUGUAGGGUACUCCCCUGAUGAUGCGGAGCCCCCCAUUCCCCGGUGGUUAUUAAACUUCUGUAUCAGCAUGGGUGGACUGGUAGUUCUACAAAUGUUCUUUGGUUACAACAUUGUCUACCUGCUUGUCUGUGCUGCAUCAGUGUAUGUUAUCCUACUCCUGACUUCAUGGAAGUGUCAGAAUGGGUCUGGAGUAGCUGUGGCAGUAUUCAUAUUUCUGUUUAUUGUGAUAUGUGAGUUGUUUCUUGUAGAAGAAAAGGCCUGGCACAGUGUUAGAGGUGCACAGAUCAUCCUUUCUAUGAAAGUUAUCGGACUUGGGUUUGAUAUCUCAUCAGGAGUUAUGCCCCUUCCAUCAGUCACAGAUUACAUGGCCUAUAUAUUUAAUGCAGGAAAUGUGAUAUUUGGACCGUGGAUAUCAUUUCAAGAUUUUAAAAGCAUCUACUCCACAAAUGUAUCAAAGUGCCUUUCAUUGGAGUGGAUGACAAAGGUGAUGAAAUCCAGUGUGUUCUCUAUCCUCUGUCUGUCCUUCUCAACCUGUUUUGGGUCAUGGAUCAUUCUGGAUGGCAACUACAAGUGGGUGCGGGCUUACAGAGAUGCGCAGUCCUUCAGAUUCAGCCAUUACUUUGUGUGCUUUGUCUCUGAAACUACAGCAGCUCUGGCUGGUAUCAGUCCCGGUGACAUAGAAUAUGGAGUUACAGUGACCAGACCCCUUUCUGUGGAACUCCCUAGGUCACUGGUGGAGGUCGUGACUAACUGGAAUCUACCGAUGCAUAACUGGUUAAAAACCUAUGUGUUCAAAAUAGCUCGUCCUCAUGGAACUUUCCUAGCAGUCAUCUUAACCUACAUAGCCAGCAGUUUGCUUCACGGUCUCAAUUUUCAAUUAGCAGCAGUUCUUUUAUCUCUUGGAUUUUAUUCCUAUGUAGAAAUGACCUUUAGAAGGAAGUUGUCACGGAUCUUUGAUGCUUGUUUGGAGGCUAAGUCCUGUCGGGAAAACUGCCCCCACACGUACAAAAACAACCACCCCUACAUCUGGAUCACUAACCUGGCCUUCGGCUGCCUGACCAUCUUUCACCUAGCGUACCUGGGACUGAUGUUUGACAGCAGUGUAGAGGCAGAGAAGGGCUAUAACAUGUCCCACACACUACAGAAGUGGUCAGAUCUCGGAUUUCUGAGUCACUGGGUCAUCCUAGGAACCUACAUAUUCCACCUGAUGGUUUAGACAUUGGACGAAAAUUCACACUGUUAAAGAUCUGUACAGUGUAUUAACAUCAGAAGGUAGCCAUAAUGUAAGACAAUAGGACCGUACUGCCAGUGUGUGGAAGUCCAGUAGAAAUAUCAGUAUAACUUUACCCUUAUAUAUCAUAUCCCUUAAGAGAUGCCAAAUUGUAUGUGAUUUAUACAAUGUAACAAAGUAGUCAAUUAGGUGAUGGAUUUCUGCAAACAAAUGGUCCAAGAUCUACCAUUAUUUCAUACAAACAUGAGACCAAGAUCUGCCAUUAUUUUAUGAAAACAUCGGAGAAUAUUUAUUCAUAUGCUGUCUACUUAAAAAUGUGAUAGAGCAUCAAAUGCUCAUUGAUUUUAAGACACUAACAUUGUACAUCGAUCGUCAAUUUAUUUCAUCUAGCAAGAUUUGUUUUUGCAUUUAAAUGUAUGUAGUAUUAUGUUAAACAUUGCUCAUUGAGCGAAGUAGAAUCUCUCUAUAUAUCAGUUAUCUGUGAUCAGUGAAGGAUAUUCAGUUUGUUUUGUAUUUACAUGUAUGUUGUUGUUAACAAGGUUUAUAUAUUAAAUUAAAAUGGUCACAGUCAAGCAUAAUAAAUUGGAAUACUACUUUGAAACACAGCACUUGUUAGGAAACACUAAUUUUCUAUUUUUGAUUUUAAGAAAAAUUUAAAUGCAUGUACACGUUUAACUGGUACCUUCAUUUUAAAAUCAUGAUCCAGCUGUCACCAUUAUGACCAUUGAAAUCCAUAUCAAUGCAUUUUGCCAUGACAAUAAACCUGGUUAGGUUGUCCUGUGUUAAAGAAGAUACAUGUAUAAGUGAAUCUCUUGCGCAAUAAUUUGAACAUGAUUAUCCCACACAUUUCUGUCAUUGAUCGUACCAUAUUGCACAUUUUAACAUUGCAAAAAACAUCAAACAGCUUAUAUAUAUAAUAAGUGCCUUCAAUUGUUGGAUGUCUGAAAUAUAUGAGCUUCGCAAUACAUUUAUUUUGCUUUGCCACUGUUACCACUUGUAGCUAUGCUUUCGUUGUAUGACUUUUGAUGCUAUGUUUAUAUUGUUACAGGGGAUUACUUGUGCAGCAUACUGUCUAACCACUGGUAGUAAUUCUCCAGCCUAGCACAGCCUAUUUACUGUACACGUAAACUGUAAAACAACUAUUAUUUGCGAAAACUUUAUUUCGCGAUUUACUCAAGAUGAACUGGUUUGCAGCGACUAAUUUUCGCGACCCAUUAAGCCUUAUCGGCACCUGUUAUUUUUGGGAGUUGAUUUUAAUCAACUCUCCUAUGCAGUUACUCAGACAAACCAAAAGUGAAACAGUGUUUGGACCUCAGCACAAAUCAUUCCUGCUGACAAGACUUAGUUCUUGAAAAUAAUUGAUGAAUUCGAUGUAAUGUAUGCUAAAGGAUUGUUUUUCAAGGAAACUUAUUUAUAAAUACCUUGAAAAUAGUCAGAUUUUAAAUGGUACGAACAAUUUGAAUAUUUUUUGUAGUCGUAUGUAUUCCUAUGCCAGAAUUAAAUAUAGUCUCGUUCAACUCGACGCUCGGCUCUCUCCGUAAAUCCUUGUCGGAGAUUUACGGUGUCAGCCGAGCGUUUGGUUAAACGAGACUGGAGUUCAAUAUUGCUUGGAUCCAUACAAUUUUCGAGAAAUAUUUCUAUCACUAAUACUAUGAUACAUAGUUUGAAUGAAUUAAUUUUAUCUUACAAUAUUAUUUAACAUUAUUCAUAUGGGGGUUUCUCGACAUUCUUAUCGAAAAAGUCCAAAAAUUCUUAUUAUAAAAAUGUACCUACUUCAAAUUAGAAAAUACAUGUACUUGUCAUGCAAAAUAACAUAUCAUUGAUUUUAAAAUGAAUAAACAUCGACAAAAUCAACUCCCGUCAGUUCUUCAGUACUUUGAUUAUUACAAGUAUAGGCAAAUACUAGUCCACAGCAAGAAAUUAGGCUCUCGAGAAAAUUUCUCGCAGGCAAAUAAAAGUUAGUUUACUGCACAGGUAACAGUACCUGGUUCUGGCUCCUAGUCACAUGUUUCUUGUUAUCAUAGUCAAUUGACUGUGACCGUUUGAUCUUACUAUACUUGUCAAUAUACUAUUGCACCGAAUCCAUUUAUAUCUCCUUUUACUUGAUCUUUAUGAGAAUAAAGAGUAUGAUGAUAUUAAUAAAAAGAACUAUUUAAAAGGGCAUUUACCGGUAAAUUGAAAAAAAAAAAAAAUUACGGUAAUUUUCAAAGGCUAUUAGAUCUUGUUAAUAUAUUUUAAGUACAUGUACGGCAUAUAAUGUGUAUAUAUUCAAAAUCUUAACCCAUCAAUAUUAAAACUUUUACAAAUAAUUUUAUGUGUUUACACUAAUCAUGUGUUAUACUUAGAGGGGUGUGUGUGGGUACAUGUAAAAGGGUAUGUGUGGAUACAUGUAAAGUGGUGUCUAUCGGUACAUAUGUAUGGCUAGUUUUGGUGCUCAAUCUUGUUUGCAUUCUGUCUGGGUUUUUUUUUGUUGCUACAGAUUUGUUGUUUUAUUAUACAGAAGUUAUUUUGCUUAUACAUGUACAUAAAAUUAUGUAUUACAUGUUUGUGUGUCCAAGGUCACCUGGUAUUUAGUAUGGUAGCUUUUAUGUUAAUUUUUGAACCAAGUUCAAAAGUAUUAGAUGAUUUUUUAUUUGUUUCAUUGGAUCUUUGAAUCUCAAAUGAUUGUAAAUUUCAAAUAAAUUAGUUUCAACUGU